CCUGCGAUCCUUAACAAAUGUGGGUGCACCUUAUCUUUCAAGUAAUCAAGUAUCUGAGAGAAAUAAAACUACGGUGCCCUCGACUCAAUGUUAUACUUGUUACAAAAAGGAACCCAUAUUCCGGUAAACUCAACAGUUUCUGACAAGGUAUCAAAGAGAAGCAUAGAUGCACUGUCAUCUGAGACAUAGCAGCUAACCUUCUCAACAGGAUAAUCAAGUUUCUUUCAUAUUAUUGACACUCAACCACCACGUUUUGAUGCAUUUAUCACCAAAUUCAAAUCCUUUUCAUUAGUUUGGCAUGGAAAUGGAAUCUUCAUCAACUCCUCCUCCUCCUCCUCCGAAGUUCCGCUUCAGAGACCACUCAGAACCGGAAUCUGAAAACUCAUCGGAGCCAAGCUCCGGCGUCGUUUCCACCGUGACACCGUCCAACACUGAUCCCGAUGAUGCCAACCUCCAAAUUGAAUCCAUGACCGCAAGAGGCAUCAAGCAUCUGUGUGAUGAACUUCGAGAGCUACAGGACGCAGCAAAUGAAGAUUUGCAGAAAAAUAUAUUUAGCAAAUAUUCCACUUUCCUUAGAAUAUUAGAGGAAGUGAUAGGAGUGGAUAAUGAGUUUGUGCAACUGGGAAAUCAUUUCGUGUCUCAUAAAAAGCAAGUAAAUGAUCUUAUAGAUCGAAUAUAUCCAAAGAUAUUGUCCAUAGACAUAGCAUUGGAAGACCACAUAAAUGUUGUCCCUUCUCCCCGCAGUGAAUUGGAAGUUCAUAUCAAUGAAUGUUUAGACAAUUUUGAUAUUCUCAUAUCAGAAAACAAGAUAGAUGAAGCCUUGCACCUUCUAGAAUCUGCAGAUGAACAUUAUCAGAACAUUCAGUCACAAGAUUGUUCCCAUAGUGAUAUAAUGUUAUACAACUCUCUAAUUUCUGAGAAAAAGUCCAUGCUUAUACAACAAUUGACACAAAUAGUUGAGAAUCAUAGAACAACAAGACCAACACUUCAAAGGGCACUAGUUGGACUUAGCAAACUUGGAAAUAGUCAACUUGCUAUUAAUUUGUUGCUUCAACAUUACCAUUUGCGAAUUGAGUCUGGAACAAAUAAUUUGCAGUGGGCAAAUUCAUCAUCAAGUGAGAUAUAUAUAAGGGAACUUGCAAGGUUUGUGUUCUCAAUGAUUUCACAAGCAGUAAGGAGCUUUGUCAUGUUGUGUGGAGAAAUUUCUCCUUAUGCCUCAGAACUCAUAUUGUGGGCUAAUGAAGAAACAAAAUCAUUUAUCAUUUGUUUUGACAAAUAUAUUAAAAGUGCCUCUACAAUAAGUGGAGGGUUGAAUUCAACCAUAAAAGCUGUCAAGUUUGCUAUCAUGUAUUGUUCUUUGUUAGAAAAUCAGAAAUUGGUGUUGAGGCCAUACUUAGUGGAGCAUCUUUGUGCCUACAUGGAAGAGGUUUUAAGUACACAUAUAAACCACUUUAAGAAAGUGAUUUUUAUCUUCUCAACAAGUGAUCCUUGGGUUUUGGAGAAGUAUCUUGUAUCUGGAGUGUUUGUUGGGGCUGGAUCUUCAAGUUUAACUGUUAGGGAACAACAUGACUAUUGCUUACUAACUACCAGUGGCAGGAAGGUUCUGACACUAUUGCAGGCAAUAAUGGAAGAUAUUUCUCCUUUAGUAUCCCUUCAAAUGGGAAGUUUAGUCAUUAGUGGAAUCACGAACCUCUUCACAGAGUAUAUUGUCAUACUUGAAAAAGCCCUUACUUAUGAAACUAUUACAAUGGAACAAGGUAGUCCAAGAAUAAAAGCUGAGACACUAUCACAACAAGUUUCUAUUUUGGCCAAUUUAUCAACGUUAGUGCAGUUUCUCUCCAUCAUGGUCAAAAAUAUAUUUGGCAGCAGUGGCCAUUUACAGAUAUUGGAAAAUCAUUCAAUUGUUCAACAACAACAAGCACUUGAUGAUUUCCUAUUGUUUAUUGAAGAGGGUUCCAAUAAGUUGAGAAAUGUGUUCGGCCAACAAUUAAUUCAAAGAGUAUCGUCAACUUACCAAAAGCAUGAAAUAUUUUCGGCUAGUCAUUACAAUGACAAGUUUGAUGCUAACACCAUCCAUAAUCCAAUGCCUUCUGGUAUCUUUCAGGUUUUAUUUCUAGAAUUGAGAAAAAUAGAACGACUUGAGGAAGAAAAUGUGUUUGAAGUAAAUUGGUUGGUGGGAUUACUAAGAGAGUUAAUGGAAUCUAUGUUUAUUUGGAUUUCAACCAACAAAAAGAUGCUUACAAGCUCACAAACUGAUGAAGCCAAACAGUUUAUAUUGGAUGUGCAAUUCUUGGUGGAAAUUGGAAUGUAUGGAGGAUAUUUCUCCAACGAUCCUUUACUCAUUCUCACUCUCAUGAAAUCAACCUUCAAUUCAGUCGGACUAAACCUUUUCAAAGAUGUAGAUAAUGAUGAUUGGGCUAUAGAUGUUGCUACUAAAACAAUUCAAAAGUUGUUGGAGAUUGAGAAAACAAGUUUGCAUCCAAAAAAACCUGUAGUUACCAUCAAAGAAGAGUCACAAGAGCAUGAGAAUCUAAUCAAUCAAUCAACAUAUGAAAGAGAUUUUUCAGAGGAAGAUGAUAUAAAUUCUUCAGAGAAUAAUGUAGGAGAUACAUUGGUUGCAGAGAAAAAUGAAGUUGCCAAACAUGAACCACAAAUUGAUAUUGAUGCAAAAACAACUUCACAAGACAUAGUAUCAAGCCCUGGAGAGGGAUCAAUGAAUAAAGAUUAUGUUGAUACAAACACUUUAAAUUUGAGACCACCUUCUACUGUGACUUUGCAAAUAGAGAAUAAUGAUUUUGAAGAAGCUACAGAUACAAAAAAUGAUGAAUUGGCUACAACAUCUUCCCUUAGUGAGUUAUUAGAAUAGAAUUUUGAGGAACUAAAUCAAUAUCAAAUGAAUGAUCCUUAUUUAUAUAAUUUAU